UGCCCACCUCAGCCAACACUUUCAGCAGUGUCCCAUUCUAUGAAGGCAAUGUGUCGGCAGGAGCUAUGUACCCACCUGUCAUGGCGCCCCAAGCCAACAUGUUUGGCAAUGUCCCAGGCUAUGAAGGCACUGUGCCAGGAGGAGGAGGUUUCCUGCCCCCUCCCAUGCCCUUGGAGCCAGUAGCCCCACCCCAACCCGGCCCUGAAAAUCCCGAAUGGAGCAUCCCCUCUCUGUCUGAGGAUGCAGCUCGUGAGGCUUUAAAGGAAUUUGUGUCAUCUCAGUGCUGCUACGGUGACGCUCCAGUCACUCAGGGAGUCAUCACCUCCAUGGAGCCAUUCAACACCUUUAGAUAUCGUCUGGAGACAUUCACUGAGUCCAGGUCAACUGAGUGGGCCCACAAACCACAUGAAGGUGAGCCUGCUGACUUUUACGCCCAGCCCGCUCCACGACCAUGGGAGGUCCAGGCCACACCCCCCAAACUUUUCAGUGACCACACAGAGAAGAUCCGGGUGCCCUACACGUCCUCCGUCAAGGAAUGCCACACGUGCCAUGCAGCAGGUACUGAGCAAUGCAAGGAGUGCAGUGGAAGUGGAAAAAAAGCUUGCCCGGUGUGUAAUGGUGGGGCAAAGUCCGAUCCAGCCUGCACUCACUGUAAUGGCACAGGCAAAGACAGGUGUACAAAGUGUAAUGGUAGUGGGAAAAAGCAAUGUGAAACCUGUAAAGGAAAACGUCAACUGCUGACCUACAUUGAGCUUAAAGUGGAAUGGAAAAACCAUGUGGAAGAUCAUCUGGUGGAGCAGAGUUGUGGUCUGAAGAGUGAUAAGCUGCGCUCAGUGAAAGGGAAGGAGCUGUUCAAGAGCAGCCAGAACCUGGUCUACCCCCUGCUCGGGUUUCCAAACCCAGCAGUCUCUCAGGCCUCUGAGCGUCUGAUCAAAGAACAUCAAACUAACUAUGGCCAAACCUCCAGGAUUCUGCAGCAGAGGCAGACGGUCGAGCUGAUCCCCAUCACUCAGGUGAACUACAAGUGGAAAGACAAGAGCUACGUCUACUAUGUGUACGGCAACGAGCGCAAAGUCAGUGCUGACGACUACCCAGAGACCUGCUGCUGCGUCAUCCUGUAGACUUACAAAUACACACAGCUCAAAGCAAUUAAACAUGUACUCAUUCUUCUCUUUUUUUUAACA